CGUAAAACGAAUACCAUUCCUCCACACCUAGCACUUCGUGAGAUAAGAGUCAUAGCUAUUUUGAAGACCUUGGUGUAGUCAGUUCGUUUCGGCACUGAGACCAUGGUCAGCGAUCGACGUAGGCUAGCGUUAGCACCACCCACCUCGUUGCCGUAUUCUGCUGCCCUUGUCCCGUCGCAUUCGUCGCCACGUGUGUAACUCUCCAAGGCCUCGCCCCAUCGCCAAUUUCACCAUAUUUUCUCUUCCCCUUAGCGCCCGCACCUCGCAUUCCUGUCUACCCCUGCCCAUUUCGAUACAAUCACAUUCGCCUCAAUGCUUCCUCCGCCACCGCCGUCGCCUCUCCCUCCGGGGCCUCCGACGCCCCUCCCGUCGCUCUCCGACGUGUGGGACGAGGACGCGUCGCCCUCUCCGUCCCCCGACGCCUCCCGCCAGCCCGGCCCGUCGCUCAGGGAAAAAGCGCGCGCAGCAGCCGCGGCGGUCGCCGCCGCAGCAGCCGCAGCCGGGCCCGGCAGGGACGGCACGAAUGGCGCCACGACGCGGGGGUUCCUCCCGCAAAUCGCGGAGCGGCCGGAAUUGCCGUACGCGAACGGGCCGAAAGCGCGCUUUGAAGACGAGGGGGGCGCGGCGGGCAGCAAGCUGCAGUCGCGCGAGGUGAAGCGGCGGUUGCGGCCGCUGAGCAUCGACUUCGACCAGCAGGACGACGACAACCGCGGCGCCGGCGGCAAGAAAGGCGCGGGGGGCUCCGAGGGCGCGGCGGGAGCGAUGGAGAACGGCGUGGCGUCAGCGGGAGCGACGGCGGGCGACGCGAACGAAGACAUCGAGAUGCUGCUGUCGCCGGGCGUGCUCAUGUCGUCGCGCAUUCCGCACUUCCCGCCCGUCCCCCGACCCUCGCCGCGCUACCGGCUCUUCCCGCACGGGCUGUCGGGCGCGGGGGGGUCGCUGUCCGCGGACGGCAUCCGCGCGUGGUGCGAGCGCGCGCUCGCCAGCGUGACGCCGCCCAGCCUGCCCGGGAAGCUCCCGUGCGGCCCCGCCGUGCUGCUCGGCGCGCUGCUGCUCAUAGUGCUCGCGCUGCUCGCCGCCACCAUCGCCGCGUUCUCGCGCGGCGGCGGGGGGGACGGCGGGGACGGCGGCGUGGGCGUGGCGGCGUGGGAGGAGCACGUGGUGCGCGUGAACGAGGUGCAGACGCUGGGGUCGCGGUACAGCUACCACAUGGCGCCCGAGCCCGACGUGAUGCGGUGGAUGCAGGAGGCCGGGCUCAGCACCAUGAUCGCCAGCUCCAACUUCUCGCACUCCCCGCUCAAGGACCAGCUGCGCGCCGGCUACCGCUUCCUGCAGCUCGACGUGUUCUACGACCCGGCGGGCGGGCGGUACUUCGACCGCAAGGUGUACGAGCAGCUGGGCCGCUCCACCGCCUCCAUGCGCCCCGAACUGCAGGCGCCGGGCUUCAAGGUGCUGCGCGUGCCGGACAUAGACUUUGCGGCGACGUGUUUGACGCUGCGCGACUGCCUGCUGCAGGUGAUAGAGUUCAGCGACGCCUCGCCGCGCCAUCUGCCGCUGGCCAUCGAGAUCGACUUCGGGGACGCCUCCGCCUUCAUCCGCCCCCUCAACACGCUGCUCACACCGCCGCUGCCCAUCGACCAGCAGUGUCUGUUGGACCUGGAGGCGGAGAUCCUCUCAGUGGUGCCGCGCGACCGCAUCAUCACCCCAGACUCGGUCCGCGGCGACCAUCCCACUCUGAACGACGCCGUGCGCACAGGCCUUGCGUGGCCCGACCUCGCCUCCGCCGCGUCGCACGUGGCCUUCUUCCUGUCGUCGCGCCGCGCCAUCUCCGUGUACCAGGGCAUGUCGCCCACCUUGGAGGGCCGCCUCAUGUUCACAGCGCACACGGCGGCGGGCGACGGGGACAUCCCGCACUCGCCGGACCAGGCGGCGCUGAUAGUGGAGUCGCUGGGGUCCACGGCGCGCGACCUCGUGGCGUCGGGGCACUUUGUGAUCUGCCCCGUGCUGUCCCUGCGCUCGCCCCUGGCGCAGUUCAUGUGGCAGCAGGCUGUGGCGGCGGGCUGCCAGGUGAUCAUCGUGGACGACCUCUGGAACGAGCUGCCCAAACCCCUGCCCCAGCAGUCCGGUGCCAGAGGGGCGGCUGAGGCUGCUGCUCGGGGGGGUGAAGGGGGAGGAGGGGCGAGGGGAGGGCGAGGGGGCGAGGGGGAGGUGCUGGAGGUGCCGCAGCUGGUGGAGGCGGGCACGGGCGUGCAGGCACGGUGCAUCAAGAAACUCAACCCCGGCGCAUGUGAGACUGCCCCCUGGGACCACAUAGCAGAGCCGCUGCCGGGCCAGUAGAGGAGCCUGGCAGGAGGGCAGGGCUGAGGGAGGGCGUAGGGCAGGAGAGGAGAAGAGGGAGGACGGUGAAGUGAUGGAGGGGGGAUGCGUGCACGCUGUGAGAUGCUCAGAGGGCUUGGAAGUAGGGCGAGCAGAGGAAAAGAAGGCAGAGGGAAGCAUGACAGGUUCAUGUGCACACGCUAACCUUGUGGUUGAUGAAGGGAAGGAGGUGGCACGGGAUGCAUGCGCAUGGAGCAAGGAGAAACUGUGGUAUGCCUUGGAUUGGCAGUAUAGCUGGCCGUGCGAUUAGAGGGUGGGUGUGCAGUGCAGGCUCUGGGGCUGCUUGAAAGUUGCAGGGCUCGCUGUAAACUGGGGGGUUAAGGGCUGGACUCCACUCUGUUGCCAAGACAUGUUGCAAAUGUGAGUGCUUUGACAGCCCUGAGCCCUAUGCAGCAGGGCAGGGGUGUUUAUGUCACCUUUUAAUAGCUGUCUACAGUGCUCUUUUAGGCUACCCUAUGAUUGCUGAGCGAUGUUGGAAGCAGGACAUUUUCUAUCAUGAAUACAUUAGUACAGAAUGGAGGACUGAAUCUAGACGUCCCUAAAAACAC